AUGCAGAGCCCAAUACCCGUGUCGACGACAACGGACACAUCUUCGCUGGCAGAUGUGCUAGCAUCGUCUUCAAAGACGCCCCCAGCAUCACUCACGACGCCCCUCUCUCAAGAAUAUCUAUCACGUCUUACCACCCUUCCUCUGACCGACCUAUUGGUAGAGCCCACGGCACUACAAACGCAAUCACAUCAUCUCACCUCCAGCAUCACCUCCUUGACACACACCUCUUACCCAACAUUCCUUUCUUUGCAUCGGACCACUACCGCCCUCACAACCUCUCUGGACUCCCUCUCUUCCUCCCUUGAUGCAUUGUUAAAUACUAGUCUGCCAGCUUUGGAAGAGACUGCUGCGGGUUGGAAGGAGCGAACGGACGCAGUACUGAAGGAACGGGGAAAAGCAAAGGUGGUGCUAGAGCAGCACGAGAAGAUAAGGGAACUCCUCGAAAUUCCCCUCCUGAUUGACGCAUGUGUCAGAAAUGGGUACUUCAGCGAGGCCCUCUCGCUAGCAUCCCAUGCUAAAGCUCCGGGCUCGUCUUCAGACAAAUCACUCAUCCUACGGUCGAUUCUAUCAGAAGUGCAUCACUCUGUCUUGCAAAUGCUGCUAUCUCUCAUAGCCACGCUCUACGAGCCAAAUCGUAAACUCCCUGCAUUAUGGAAGGCCGUCAAUUUUCUCCGUAAAAUGGAUGCUUUCACUCCACAGUCACCCUUCGCGUCCCCAUCUUCCGGGAAUGACAUCAACCGACUGACUAAAGACGGGGAGCUAGAAGAAAGGGAGAAAGAAGACCUAGCGCGCUACUUGAAAAAGUACAUUGAUAUUUGGCGCGAAGGCGUAUACGACAUCAUCACACAGUACUCGACGAUCUUCCUUGAGCGCUCCUCUUCUUCGAAUUUGAAUUCACAGCACCUCGCUACAACUUACGCAUCUCGUGCACUCACAACGCACCUCCUACUCAUGCUCUCCCCCUCUCUUCCCCUCUUGUCACUAUCCCUCCUCCCAUCACUACUCACCCAGCUCACAUACUGCUCAACUGCAUUCGCACGGGUUGGCCUCGACUUUCGUGGGAUCCUAUCCCUCUUGUUCGGGCACGCCGUGACAGAAGUGGUCGGUCAUGACCUGAGAACAGCCGGUGACAACACAACGCGGACACUCAGCCCGAAUGAUCGGGAUCGUACGACGCCCAUACCGCCCUCCAAGUGGCUCAUCACACCUUCUCUGCUUUCCUCGCCCCCUGCUCCGUCACUCCCCUCUGGGCCACCGCAUAUACCACCGCAGGUACUGACGUCCUACCCACCCCUCGCAGAGCACACCAACGCCAUUCUAGGGGUACUCAAUUCCCUGAGACUCCUCGCUCCUCAGAGCAUACUCCCCGAACUCCUAAGCAGUCUGGACGACGUGCUGACGGAGGGCGGGGACGUUCUGAUGAAGUACAUUAAAUCCUUAUGUUCGAGCUACCGCGGAACAGGUAGUGACGACCAGGAAACGAGGAGAGAGCAAGAGAAGAAAGCGGCGAGGGCGGCUGGGGAGAUGUACUUUGCGGUGUUUGUGCCGUUUUUGAGAAGGGCGCUGGUGGAGGGGGUGUAUGGAGGGAAGGUGGAGGAUUUGGAUGGGGAGUUGGGAGGGAAAGUUGCGGGAGUUGUGAAAAGAUGGGAGGAUUGGGUUCAGGAGGAACGUGAACAGGGCAAUACAUAA